CACUCAUUCAUUGCAGAAAAGCAUCUUUGCUGUGUAGGCUAUCUUCUCUUUUUGUGAAUUCUUCUGAGUAAAUUGUGUUUAUAUCAGUUAGUUCUAUAAGAAAACGAUACAAAAUGGAAAAUGCCGAAGAAAUUUUUCAUUUCCUAGAAGACUUUUCAAAGCGAAAGCCUAAAACUAUUCCCCAGGAACUCAACGAAUACUUAGCAUACGUAGCGCGUACCGGUGAUCCCGUGUACCAGUGGCCUUUAGUGAAAUGUUUAUUCAAAGAGAAGCUCUUGAACGUUAUAACUGACUUCUAUGAGACUACCCCGGGUGUCGAUAUCCCGCCGUACCCCAACGUGGACCCGUUUAACUAUGACAUUAUGAAGAAUAGCUUGCUAGAACGCCUAGACGCUUUUACAUCAGCACCAUUUACCGUUCAAAGAAUCUGUGAGCUGUUGACGUUCCCUCGUAAACAGUACAAUAGAAUAGACAAAUUCAUGAGGGCUAUCGAGAAGAACAUACUAGUUGUUAGCACACGAGAGCCUGGAGCUCAACGCCAUCCCGAGCCUGAGAACGGAGAAGCCGUAGAGCCAGUUGUAAACGGGUCCGACAGCAACUCUGAAUAUAACGUCGACGUGGAAAUGGAGGAUAUGUCUUGGAAGGAGAAUGCGGAACAACAAAGCUCUGAACCACAACCAAGCUCUUCAGACACACAUAUUUCAGUAGACGAUAUAGAGGCUCGCCUUCAAGCUAAACAAAAUACGCCAAUGGAAACUCAGGACAAGACAACCACUGAAUAUGAAUCUGUUACUCCACCAGAGCUUAAUGUUGGUGCUGAUGAACCUGUCCCGGAAAAUAAAAGUAGUGAUGCAAUUCCUGAAAUACCGACAUCUGAAGUUACUGAGAAAUUGGACUCUACUGAGACAGCACCAGCAACUGCAGUAGUAGAUGAAGCUAAAAUAGAAGUUGAAAUGAAAUCAGACGUGUCUGAGAGUCCAGCCUUAGUAAUCCCAGAAAUAACUGUUGAUGAUGCAGAAAUGACUGAACAAAAGCUAUUAGACCAAGCAGCAGAAUCAGAAAAAGAGGUUCCUCAAAAAGUAGAGGUGUCUGAAAAGGCUGAUGAUAGUCCUGAAAUAAAGCCUGCAGAGGAACCAGCAGCAGAACAACCAGUGUCUACAGAUGAGAGUAGCUCAGAUUCAACAAUAAAAGAUGAAGAGCCGAAACAUAUUUCUGAAGUGUCAACAUCUAGUGAAGAAAGCUCAUCAUCAUGUGACAACACAGACGGAAAUAGCAAUUCUCCUAAAACUGAUGAAAAUAAUACUGAUACAAUCCAAGAAGAAUCAAACCAGGAAAGUAUUAAGUUAGAGGAACCUGUGAAAGAGGAGAUUAAGGAGCCAGAAAUUCCACCUUGCGAAGAGAAAAAAGAGGAACCCCAACCUGUCAUUGAGUCAGAGAACUAUUCUAUUUCUGAUAUAAGCUCGGGGCUUCCUCAACCUCCAGCAGAAGCUCCUAGUCAAGGAGAAACUUCAUCAGAAGAAGUAAAAGAGACACCAGAUAUUGAAAAGAAAGAGGAGGCUAAGACUGAAAGCAUAGAGGAAGCAGGAGAUUCAUAAACAAUUUUUCAAUUAUUAAUGUGGUAUUUAUAACCUAAGAAUAAUAAUGUAAUGGACAUUAUACUGAUCAAGAGGACCUGACGUUGAACUCAUACCUAUCUUUUUUUAAUAACCAACAUAAGUAAAUGAGAAAGAAUGUCAGCAACAUUUAUGACAUAAAUGUCUGAAUUAGUCGAACGAAAUUGGAACACUGCCUGGCUGAAGACAAUUUUCGUACUUAGUUGAUUGUAAUUUUAUUAUUAGAUAGUACAAAGGAGCCAACAAAUAUUGCAUUUAAUCAUACUUUGGAAACAUGAUUCACCAUUUGUCAUUUAUGGAUCAAGGUCUCUGACUAUAACCUGCAACCCAGCCGAUUAAGUGCGUUUUCACAUUAUCCGAUCUGAUAUCAGAUGUCGGACCAAUAUCCCAUACAUUACAGGCGCCCUCUUGGAUAUUUUCUAUUGAAAUUCUUCCGACAUCCAAUAUUGGAUCGGAUAAUGUGAAAACGGCCUAAGAAAGAUAACUUAUGCCAAUGUGCGUAGCAGAAUGCACAAACACUCACGACAAUAUCUCUUGUAGAUAACUAUCUCUAUCACUCUUGCGGCGCUUCGUUUUGCCGAAAUGCCAUUCGUCUACGGGGCCUGGUAUCCUUUAUGGGGACCCAUGUUUUAGCUAUGAGACCUGUGUGCUAAGUAUUAUGUAUAAGAAAAUUAAACAAAUAAUUGUAA